AUGUUUCGUAUUGCCAUCAUCGGCGGCGGCCUAGGCGGCCUGUUCGCCGCGCUCUCUAUCAAGCACCACUCUCCCUCGAAAGAUAUUCACAUCGAUGUCUAUGAGCAAGCGCCCGAGUACGGCGAGAUCGGGGCUGGCGUAGGCAUUGGUCCUAAUGCCGCAGCAGUCAUCGGAAAGUUAGGGCUCAUGGAGGAGGCGUUGAAGAUUGCCGGCAAGCGUGAAGGUGUCUGGCUCUCGUUCCGGCGUUUUGAUACUGGCGCCGAGGUGCACACUGUCAACACACCAGCCAAAGGCAAUACCGUCCAGCUACCGAUGCAUCGUGCUGAGUUUCUGGAGCUGCUGGUGGACGCAAUUAAGAAGCGGGGAGCGGCGACUCUGCACACGAAUAAGCGCUGUUCGGCGCUUGAGGAUCAAGGAGACACCAUGCUGGUGACCUUUGCGGAUGGAACGAGCACAUCGGCCAAUCUGGUGAUCGGGGCUGACGGCAUCCACUCCGCUGUGCGCUCGCACUAUGUGAGUGAUAAUCCGCAAUAUGGAGAGAUGGUUGUCUACCGCGGUCUCUGUCCCAUCGACAAAAUCCAGGACCAGUGGUCUCUGCCCACGUACGCGGCAUUGUUCAUGGCGCCCGGCAAGCAUUUCCUCACAUUCCCUAUCAGUAAUAAUAAGAUAUUAAACGUUGUGGGGUUUGUAUCUACUCCAUGGGAGAAGCUGGGGGAUGUCACCGAGAGUUGGACGCUGAAGGGUGACAAGGGCGAGGUCGAGGAGCAAUUCAAGGACUUUGCGCCGGUGGUACAGACGGUGCUGCAGAACAUGAACACGAACCCACUGAAGUGGAUCUUAUUCGAUCGCCCGUCGACGCCGGAAUGGAUCUUCUCCGGGGGCAAGGUGGCUCUCCUGGGGGAUGCAGCGCACGCAAUGUGUCCCCAUCAAGGUGCUGGAGCUGGCCAAGCUCUCGAAGAUGGCUAUAUCGUCGGGCGAGCUCUCGCGGAUCACUUCCAAGAUCCAUCCCGUUGCAGCGUGUCGGACGCUCUGCGGCUCUACCAUUCCAUCCGGUACCCCCGCUCGGAGAAAGUGCAGGUGACGUCUCGGCAGGCAGGCGAUUUGUAUGAAAUGAAGAGCCCGGAUGUAGCGGGACGGAGCUACGAAGACGGUCUCUCCAUCGUCAAGGGCAAACUGGAGGACCGCAUGAAAUGGAUCUGGAGCGAGGAUAUGGACGAAGUAUACGAGAGUGCCCGAGACGCAUGGCGACCAUCCACCUCAGCGUGA